AUGUUGGGUCAAUCCCACACUAACCACUACUUCCACAACAACUGCUCAAACCACUACAGCCCCAACAGCUGCUCAAACAACUACAUCCACAACAGCUGCUCCAACCACUACAGCCACUUCAACCACUACUUCCACAACAGCUGCUCAAAGCACUUCAUCCUUAACAACUGCCACAUCCACAACAGCUGGUCAGACCACUACACCAACCACAACAGUUUCUCCCACCACAACUGCACAAAUCACUACGAGUACAACAGCCACACUAACCUCUACAUCCACAUCAUCUGCUCCAUCCACUAUACCAACCUCAACAGUCUAUCCAUCCACAACAACUGGCACAACCACUACAGCCACAUCUAUCACUACAUCCACUCCUGCCACACCCACCAGCACAACCACUUCAGCUGCCUCGUCUGCUUCAACCACUACAUCUACAACAGCUGCUCCAACAACUAUACCAAUCUCAACAGUCUAUCCAUCCACAACAACUGGCACAACUACUACAGCCACAUCUAUCACUACAUCCACGAUAGCUGCCACAACCACCACAACCAGUACCACCCCUCUGACCACUACAUCCACUCCUGCCACACCCACCAGCACAACCACUCCAGCUGCACUCACAACCACUCCAGCUGUACCGUCUGCUUCAACCACUACAUCUACAACAGCUGCUCCAACCACUACUUCCACAACUGCUGCUUCAACAACUACAUCCACAUCAGCUGCUCAAACCACUACAACCACAACAGCUGCUCCUACCGCCGCAUCCACAACAGCUGCUCAAUCCAGUACAGCCACACCAACCACUACAUCCACAUCAGCUGCUCCAUCCACUAUACCAACCUCAACAGUCUCUCCAACCACAACAACCGCACAAACCACUACAAGUACAACAGUCACUCCAACCACUACAACCACAACAGCUGCCCCAUUCACUACAUCCACAACAACUGGCACAACCACUACAGCCACACAAACCACUACAUCCACGACAGCUGCCGCAACCACCACAACCAGUACAGUCUCCCUGACCACUACAUCCACUCUUGCCCCACCCACCACCACAACCAGUCCAGCUGCACCGUCUGCUUCAACCACUAA